AUGAAAGACAGUGAUAUUUCCACUUCAUCAGAGGAUAACUUAAAUUUUUAUUUUACAGAAAAACAAAAUAAAAAGAUGGACGAGAAUAAUUUUUAUCAAGAUAUAAAAUAUGAUAUACUACGAAUCGAAAGGAAUAUAAAUAUGGAAGUUAAAAAAAGAAUUGAAGAGAAUAAAAAUAUACAACAAUUAAUUGAACGUAGUGCUAAUGAUAUGAUAAAUAAUGUAUUAAAUAAAAUAACAACAAAAAUAGAAAAUAUAUCUUUAGAUUUAGAUAAGAUUAUAAAAAAAUGUGAUGAGUUAGAAAAAGUUGUAGGUCAAAUAAAAGUAGACUUACCUACUAAAAUACAAACAGAACUAAUCAGUUUAAAAAGAAAUAUAACCGAUUUUCAUAUUGUCAUAAAUAAAUAUGUACAUAAUAAAAAAAAAAGAGAUAAUAUAUUAUUUGGAAAAAUCGAAAAUAUUGAUGCAUAUAUAAAUAGUAAAAUUCAAAGUGAAAUAUCUUUUAAACAUGAAGAUUUAUUAAUACUUAAAAAUGAAAGUGAAAAAUUAUUGAAUUAUGAUUUAGAUGAAGAUAUUAAUUUUAAAAAUCUCUUUAUUGAUGAAAUCGAAGAAAUUAAAGAUGCCCUUAACUUAACAAUCAAAGAAAGAGAAAAAUCGGAUGAUGACAUUAUACAGGCAAUGAAUAAAUACACGAAUGUAUUGCAAAAAGCAUUGCAAUCGGUCAUUGCAAAAAAUAGCUAA